AUGCAAGGUAUGAGAAGCACAGCGUCGGAAGGUAACUGGAGGACGUCAUUAUUGGCAAGAAACAAGGUAGAAGACAGGAAAAAUCGAUCUGCUGGACUGGUACAAAAGAGAAACGAGGAAGAUACCUCGAAACUCCUAUCUUCGUCUCGACGAGCCAAAAAUAAAUAUGAAAGAAUUUGCAAGUUAACGAAGUUCCUAAUGGAUUUGAUCUCGGAUCAGGGAGGCCGAACUCUAGACGCUCUAAACUACAACAGCCCACAUCUGCUGGACUGGUACUUGAAGAAAAUAAAGUUCCAACCGAGAGAGGCCCGAUGGCAAGAAAACCACGCCGAUUUUUCC